CCAGCACUGGACAGACCAGCCAAAACCUAUCUCUUGCAACCCCAUGACCGAUGACCCAAAAUGUAACCAAAUUUAUCAUAAUUAUCUUUCAACUUUUUCUCUUUGAUGUUGUUUUGUUAUAAACAUAUACUUACCCCACAAAGUUUUCGUCUUUAAAAAGAUCCGUCUUUUUAUUAAAAGCCCAUAUUUUUUUCAUAGCUUUGGGUUGAUGACAUUGUGCUGAACCCAAUAUCUUCUUCUUCUUUGUUGCUACAUGAUGGGGAAAUUGAAAGAAAGGAUUCAAGCUUUUGUGAAUAAUAGAUGGCUGGUUUUUGUGGCUGCAAUAUGGAUACAAUCUUGUGCUGGUAUUGGAUAUGUAUUUGGUAGCUUAUCACCUGUAAUAAAGAGAUCAUUGAAUUAUAAUCAAAGACAGCUUUCAAAGUUGGGUGUGGCUAAAGAUCUUGGUGAUAGUGUUGGGUUCUUAGCUGGAAGCUUAUCUGAGAUAUUGCCUUUAUGGGGUGCUUUGCUCGUUGGUGCUUUGCAGAAUCUUAUUGGUUAUGGUUGGGUUUGGUUGAUUGUUACUGGAAGAGCUCCUGUUUUGCCUUUGUGGGCUAUGUGCAUCUUGAUAUUUGUGGGAAACAAUGGAGAAACCUACUUCAAUACGGCUGCUUUGGUUUCUUGUGUGCAAAACUUUCCAAAAAGCCGAGGUCCGGUCGUCGGAAUACUCAAAGGCUUUGCUGGUUUGAGCGGCGCGAUUUUGACUCAGAUAUACACUAUGAUUAACUUCCCAGAUCAAGCGGCUUUGAUAUUCAUGGUUGCGGUCGGACCGGCGAUGGUUGUUGUUGCUCUAAUGUUCAUAAUUAGACCUGUUGGAGGUCAUAGACAAGUGAGGCCAUCUGAUGGUUUUAGUUUUACGUUUAUUUAUAGUGUAUGCCUCCUACUGGCAGCUUACUUGAUGGGGGUGAUGCUUUUGGAAGAUCUUGUUGAUGUAAGCCACACUUUAAUCAUAAUUUUUACAGUGAUUUUGUUCUUGCUUCUUGUUGCUCCGGUAGUUAUUCCGGUUAAAUUGAGUUUCUCCGACGAACCUAAAGAUCUGGCUGUUGAAGAGGUUCUUUUACCAAAGCCCGAGCAACAAGAAGCAGGCAAAUCCGAACAGGACGAAGUAAUAUUCAGUGAGGUUGAAGAUGAGAAACCGAAGGAAGUAGACUUGCUUCCAGCAACGGAAAGGCAUAAACGAAUUGCUCAGUUGCAAGCAAAACUAUGUCAAGCCGCUGCUGAAGGAGCUGUAAGGGUGAAAAGAAGGAGGGGUCCUCAUCGAGGGGAGGACUUUACGUUGAUGCAAGCUUUGAUCAAAGCAGAUUUGUGGCUUAUCUUUUUCUCUCUGCUAUUAGCUUCGGGUUCGGGAUUGACCGUGAUAGAUAAUCUUGGUCAGAUGAGCCAGUCUCUCGGGUAUGAUAAUACUCAUAUUUUCGUAUCCAUGAUUAGCAUUUGGAACUUCCUCGGUCGUGUUGGUGGUGGUUACUUCUCAGAGAUCAUUGUGAGGGAUUAUGCUUAUCCGAGGCCAAUAGCUAUGGCUGUUUCCCAGCUUGUUAUGGCAGUAGGCCAUGUUUUCUUUGCUAUGGGAUGGCCUGGAGCAAUGUAUAUUGGUACUCUGUUGAUAGGACUUGGCUAUGGCGCCCACUGGGCAAUUGUGCCAGCUGCAGCCUCCGAGUUGUUUGGUUUGAAAAAGUUCGGGGCUCUCUACAACUUCCUCACACUGGCAAAUCCUGCAGGGUCACUCAUCUUCUCAGGUGUAAUUGCUAGCAGUAUUUAUGACCGUGAAGCAGAGAAGCAAGCUCAUCAACAUCAUAUCCCACCUCAGAUUUCGGGUUCAAUAUUCUCAGGGAUGUUUGCCGUGGAUGAACCGCUUAAAUGUGAAGGUUCUAUAUGCUUCUUUCUGACUUCAAUGAUUAUGUCAGGAUUCUGCAUCAUUGCAGGUGUUUUAAGUUUAAUACUUGUUUAUCGUACCAAGACUGUUUAUGCCAACAUUUACGGAAAAUCUCGUACUUGAUGAGAUAUAGGAGGGUCUUUUAUGAACAUUUUAUCCGUUUUACGAUAGUGUUUUUGCACGGGAGUUUGUGAUAUUAAUAUUUCCAUAUAAUCUAGUUGAGUGAGUCUAUUCAUUUGUGAAAGAUUCUGGUUUGAGUGUUCAUCUGGUGUACAUUGACUCUGGCUAUGAUGCUGAAGUUUUUGACACUAUCCACUGUAGUCUUGUUUAUGGAGACCGUGAGGAAUGCAAGUGAUACUUUUGUUUUUCA